AGAUUCUGUGCUCACUCAGAGCCAAAACCAUCACUCUGGUAGACAGAAACCCGCAAGGGCUUGCAUGCGAAGCUCGAAUUGCAUAACCUUGGGCAGGUGCAAAACCUUGCGAAGAAUCAUGGGGUCGGAGAAAGAAGCGGAGAAAGUGGAGACGAAGAAUUUGCCCAACAACGGAACUAUGAUCACUCCCGGCUGCGCUGUACUUUUGGACAUCAACAAUGGAGACAAGAUGACAUUUGCUCACCUGAAUAAGAAUGCAAGUGUGAAAAUUGGUAACACCAAAUGCUGGCUGGAUGCUCUUGUUGGACACCCGUUUGGGUCCGUUUUUGAAGUGCAAUCUGGUGCUAAAGGAGGUUCCUUUGUUCGAGUUUCGCCGUCUGGUGCAGAUCUUCGUGAUGGGUUAGGAGAGAAAGAUGAUGGAGAAGAAGCACCAGGGGAUGAAGUCAAGGGUAAAGAUAAUCGAUCGCUGAUUGAUAAUAAUACUGCUCAGACACUUUCUGCCGAAGACAUCAGCAAGAUGCGCACUGAAGGGGUCUCUGGAAGGGCGAUAAUGGAGGCUUUGGUUGCAAAUAGUGCUACUUUUCACACGAAGACGGCAUUCUCGCAGGAAAAGUAUUUGCGGAAGAAACAGAAAAAAUAUGCACCAAGGGUAGUCGUUCGACGGCCGUCUGCUCGAAGUGUAUGUGAGGCUUACUUCGCUAAAGACCCCAACAAAACUGGACACCUGCGAAUGGACAUGUUGUCACUCAUACUUUCCCUUGCAAAUGUUGGGGGUUAUGCCGAAGUUCUUGUACUGGACAUGCUUGGAGGCCUACUCACUGCCUCUGUAGCUGAACGAUUGGGAGGCUACGGUUUUGUCUGCAGCACAUACCACACAAGCAAGCCACAAACCAUAGAUAUGGUGCGCCUCUUCAAUUUUGAUGCAUCUACAUCCAGCAGGGUGGUGAGAGCUCCUGCAUCACAGCUUAUUGCCGCCAGAACUGCUGCUUCAAAAUUUUCCACCGACUCUGCUUUGCAGGAAACGGAUGGGGAAGACUGUAUUCCUAUAAUAUUGAAUGAAGCUAAAGCCGUGUCAACAAGUCCUAUCGUCGACUUAGAGGAUACACCUAGGCUUGAAAGUGAGCAUACAGCUAAAAGGAGGGCUCAAUCAAGAUCAGAUGAUUUCGAACCCGGCAAGUCAAUAAAACCUGGUAGACUCGCUUCAGAAGAGGACAUGAAGCGUUGGGGACGUGAAGGGUUCACCAGUUUGAUAGUAGGAGCUCCAUUCUUAGAUCCGUGGACAGUGGUGAAGAAGCUUUUACCUUUACUGGCUUCCUCAGCUCCUUUUGUUAUCUAUCACCCAUAUUUGCAGCCUCUUGCAGAAUGUAUGAAUAAGUUGCAGUCAGAGCGCAUCGCAGUUGCUCUGCAACUUCAGGAGCCUUGGCUCCGUGAAUACCAGGUUCUACCUUCACGAACUCAUCCAAACAUGCAGAUGAGUUCCACUGGAGGGUGGGCUCUCAGUGGCAUCUACAUUAGCAAGACCUGAAAGGUGAAGCUGAGUACUCGAUGAAAGAAAGGAGCAAUUGAAGACCUCAGCAACCAUAGAGAUGCUCGUGUUAACUUGAGCCCAGAUCCUUCAAAGCCAUUGUGCUUACAUGUUAUGCGCAAAAUACGCUCCAAGAUAUCUUGCCUUGGUUGCGAGAUACAACGUAUGAAUCCAAAUGAAUCUUGCAAAGAUAGUGAGCUUGGGUUCUUGCCUCAUUGUUUCGCUAGCCUUCAAAAUACAGAGUUGCUCUGUAGCACAUUGUGGUGAACCUGCUGCACUCUGUCUGAAGAAAUAUUGAACUUAAACUCGCAGAUUGCUUGCAACCAGCAUAUCAUGCGGACUUAGUGCCUCGUUUGAGGUAGAAAUGUUCAAGUAAUCGAUUUUUCAGGAGAUUGUAAUUCACCAACUCCUGUGAAUGAAUUGAUACAUUUAUUACA